AUGCGUACGCUAUACGAUUGUCCUAAUUUCACACUCGCAUUUAUACAAAUCUUUGUUGAUAAUAUUCAAUAUUUAGUGUUAUAUACAGCUAAUACACAGAACUCAGCGAUAUGUUUGUUGCAUGUCCUCAUAUUGGUCUGCAUUCUAACAACAUAUCUUAUUUCCAUCCAUAGAGGACAUGUAAAUGCAGAAUUGCCAUUUAUCAGCUCUACAGGUGCUUAUCCACCAGAAAGUUGUAUAUUUGGUGAGGGAUUAAACUUAGCUGCUUUUAUCAGUUUGAUAUGCUCCUUUUUCUGGUAUUUAAUCGCAUUGGAGAGAACAAAAUUUAUGGGCAUACAUCAACCAAAAUGUGUUCUUAACUUUAUGCUUUUAUUGUCUCUAGUUGCUUCAAUUGGUUUAACAUUGGUUGGGAAUUUCCAACAAGUUAACGUUGAAUUAAUACAUGAUAUUGGUGCUGGGAUGGCUUUUUUCGGAACCACUAUUUAUAUCAUUUUGUGUGCCUUAGUUAGCAAGCGAUACCUUGGAACACAUUGGUGUAUAUGGGCUUUUAGACUUCUCUUAGGAAUUAUGGCAGGAAUAACAUCAAGUUUUUUUUCGAUAUGUCAUACAGUUUCCAGGAUAAAUUUCAACGGUACACAAGAAGAAUCUUUGACUUAUCGGCAUCCUGGUCAAGGUAUUGUUAGAAAACACCCAUCUGAAUCUGAUAUAUACAGCCUCAAAAGUUGAAGACAAAUACUGGUCACUUUAGAAGCUUUCUCCCUCAACUUCAAAUAAUUGAAAUUUUUAACCCAUAUGUUAUCACUAUCUAAAUUCAUAAUUACUUUAAUAUAAUAUUAC